AUGCCCACACCAUUUUAGAUCCUUAAAUACGAUUUCACAGACCGCGAGUUUCAUUUCAGAAACUUCCACCGUUCCACAGCACAUGCUAGAGGCUUCUCUAUUUCUCUCUUGGUUUGUCACCUGAGGAUUCCUCAGCUCUACAAUUUCGGCUCAUUUUUUUUCUUCUUCUUACUCAAUUCCUCUCCCAAUUCCCUUUCCCAAGUAUUUCCUGUUCAAAUUCGAUCCCUUUAUUACAGCCAGUAGAACCCCAUUUUGGGGAUUCCUUAAGCACGACUCUGUGACUCUUUCAGCAAAUCAUUUUCUCGCCGAAAAUGGCAGCAGAUUCUUAUUCGGAGCGCUCGCUUUUUGGCGGCGCAAUAUCUAGCACAUUCUCUCAUAGAUUCCAGGAUGUCAGCAAUAUCCGGCAAGUCCCCGAUCAUCAGGAGGUAUUUGUGGACCCUGCCCGCGAUGAAAGCCUGAUAUUCGAGCUCUUAGAUUACAAGCAUGAAGUUGGAGAUGAAGGAAGUGCUAUCUGGUUCCUUCAAGACCUUGCCACCGAACAAGAAGCUGAAGGAGGCAUGGUGAUUGAGCAGUCUGGUGUGAUCGAGGCCCCUGGAUUGUGUUACAGAAACCUACCUGCUGUAGUCACAACUGCAGUUGGCCAGAUGGCCAUUUCUAAGGGACGGCAAGGAAGGGAAGCGCAAAAUAUUGUUAAGGUGUAUUUGGCAAAUCUGCGCCUUAAGGAAGUUGGUACAGAUGUACUGAUUACUGCAUAUGAUCCUGUUGUUAUAAACCCCUUGAGUGAAAGUGCUAGAGCAGUUGGGGCUGGUUUUGUUGUUCCUGCAACUCAAGCUGGAUGUAUGCCAAUGGCUGAGGUCUUCAAACUUGCAGUCUCUUCCUUCAAAGUUAACGACUGGAGCCUUUUUGGUUCUGCCGUCUAAGAUGUGUUGGAGGUAAAUAUAAUGAGGGCAAAGAUUAUUAGGUAGUCUUGGGGAGUCCAUACCUCUUUUUAGGUGUGUUUUGGAUGUAGGUAUUAUUUGGAAAAAUGUUUACGAAUAGGUGAUAUCACUUAAAUUUGAACAAUGUUAUGAAAAUUUGCUAUCUUUCGAUUUC